UUAUUCAGCCCAAUAGUCCACCACAUAGGGUGGGUUAGGGUCUCACCUGGGAGAAAAGAAAAUCGAAGAAGGGUUAGGGCUUGCCGGCUUGCGAUUUCUUCUCUGUCUCCGCUCUCCGCGCUCUUCUAUUCGCGACCCAACAGUCUAGCACCGCCACCGUGAUCCGUCGCGCCACGCGCACCGCCACCGUGCACCACCACCACGCACUGCCACUGUGCAGGUGCUUGAAGUCGCAACAGGAAAUAAAUCACUGCAUGAUAGUGCCCAUGAGAACUUCUUUUCUCAGUGGCAAGCAUUUUGGGUGAUUUGGAAUAUCAGCGUCAAACUUACUGCUCCUACGGUUGCAGCACAAAAAUGGGUAGUAGUGAUAGUAGAUUUUGAAAUUGAGCAUGCGCAGAAACCCCAAAAGAACAUGCAGAGAUUUUCAGCGCUUUUCUUCAGAAAACGUGGUGUUUCUCCCCUUUUAUCGAGAAAAUCACUAGUAAUCAGACACAAAAACACCAUAUGCCAUUUUUUCUCCACUACCUCCGAUGCAAGUUCUCAAACCUCUUCCCAGUGCCCACCAAAUUCCAAUUCUAAAUGCUCAACAUUUGCCAAUAGCAACAUCAACAAUAGCAUAGCAAGCCAAUUUGGCCUGAUUCACCUAGAAGAGAUUUCAAUAAACCAGCCAAACGAUCAAUGCCAUGACGAGUUUGCUUCUGAUGUGGAAAAGGUUUAUAGAAUAUUGAGAAAGUACCAUUCUAGGGUUCCCAAAUUGGAACUAGCUUUGAGAGAAUCUGGGGUUUUUGUGAGGCCUGGAUUAACCGAGCGUGUGUUGAAUAGGUGUGGUGAUGCCGGGAAUUUGGCGUACAGGUUUUAUGCCUGGGCCUCUAAGCAAUCCGGUCAUCAACAUGAUCAAGACGUGUAUAAAGCAAUGAUUAAGGUUUUGGGUAGGAUGCGGCAGUUUGGUGCUGUGUGGGCACUGAUUGAGGAAAUGAGGGAGGAGAACCCUCACUUGAUUUCGCCGCAAGUUUUUGUUAUUUUGAUGAGGAGGUUUGCCUCGGCUAGGAUGGUUCACAAGGCAAUUGAGGUGUUGGAUGAGAUGCCCAAGUACGGGUGUGAGCCAGAUGAAUAUGUUUUUGGAUGUUUGUUGGAUGCAUUGUGCAAGAAUGGAAGUGUUAAGGAAGCUGCUUCACUCUUUGAGGACAUGAGGUAUCGGUGGAAACCGGAUCUGAAGCAUUUUACUUCGUUGUUGUAUGGUUGGUGUAGGGGAGGGGAGCUUAUGGAGGCUAAACAUGUCCUUGUGCAGAUGAAGGACGCGGGCAUUGAACCGGAUAUUGUGGUUUUUAACAAUUUGCUUGGUGGGUAUGCACAGGCUGGGAAAAUGGGGGAUGCUUAUGAUCUUUUGAAAGAGAUGAAGAGGAAGGGUUGUGAACCGAAUGCAACAUCCUACACGGUUUUGAUCCAGUCGCUAUGUAGACAUGAGAGGUUGGAGGAGGCAACACGGGUGUUUCUUGAGAUGCAGAGAAAUGGUUGUCAGGUGGAUGUUGUGACGUAUUCCACUUUGAUAAGUGGAUUUUGCAAAUGGGGAAAAAUCAAAAGGGGUUAUGAGCUUUUGGAUGAGAUGAUACAACAAGGGCAUUCCCCAAAUCAGGUUAUUUAUCUGCAUAUCAUGGUGGCUCAUGAGAAGAAGGAAGAACUGGAAGAAUGUAUGGAACUGGUGAAAGAGAUGCAGAAGAUUGAUUGUGCUCCUGAUCUUAACAUCUAUAAUACAGUCAUUAGGUUGGCUUGCAAGUUGGGAGAGGUAAAGGAAGGUGUUCGGCUUUGGAAUGAAAUGGAAUCAAGUGGGCUCAGUCCAGGAACUGACACCUUUGUCAUCAUGAUUAAUGGGUUUCUUGAGCAAGGCUGUCUAGUCGAAGCUUGCGAGUAUUUCAAAGAGAUGGUAGGGAGAGGGCUUUUUACUGCUCCGCAAUAUGGUACCUUGAAGGAGUUGAUGAAUUCUCUUCUAAGAGCUGAGAAGCUUGAAAUGGCCAAAGAUGUUUGGAAUUGCAUCACAGGUUCUAUAGGGUGUCAGCUGAAUGUGAGUGCAUGGACAAUCUGGAUUCAUGCUCUCUUUUCAAAAGGGCAUGUGAAAGAGGCUUGUUCAUUCUGUAUAGACAUGAUGGAUAAGGAUUUAAUGCCACAGCCAGAUACUUUUGCAAAGCUUAUGCGUGGUCUGAAGAAAUUAUAUAAUAAACACUUUGCAGAAGAGAUCACGGAGAAGGUGAGGAAAAUGGCAGCUGAUAGGCAGAUUACAUUCAAGAUGUAUAAACGGAGAGGAGAGAGGGACUUGAAAGAAAAGGCAAAGGAGAAAAAGGAUGGGAGGAAGAGGAGGGCUAGACAACGCCAAUGGGGUGGUGUCCAUCAGAAAUUAUAAUUUGCAUCAGUGAAGCUUGAUGUAAAAUCUGUAGGAAUCCUGGUGGUUUCUGGCAAGAAUUUGGUCUAGCAAUUCAAUUGAAUGGAAAUUAAAUGAUUUUACUUCAUUAUUUGUACUCGGAGAAAAUUUGAUGACAUUAGAGGAGGUGCUUUUCCUUGAGAUUGGAGGCCCAGUGUGGCACUACGCCAAGGGAAUUGGGUUAUGUAAUUAGUUUAUCGGAUUUUUAGCAUUUUUGUCUGAUAUGUAUUUGCAGUUUUGCACAUAUCAACUGAAGUAUGGAAAAAUUUUGAGCACAAAUACUCCUCCUAAGCAUUUAUCCGAAGCCUGACUACCUAUUGGAGAAAACAGUGAAAGGAGUCCAGCUUGUUUUCUGUUGUGGUAUAACUGCUUCUUUUCAUCAGAAUUAAUUUUCCUUAAUUCAUGUCAAUGGAAGAGAGAGAGAGAGAGAGCAAGAGGAGAGCGUAGAAGACAAAGAAAAGUUUGAAUUACAGAAGUUUUGCAGAAUUGGAUUUACAGCAACUAUAUUUAUCAAAAAAUUAUUUUCCCAUGUGUAUGCAGCUUUCUUUCUUUAUUUUUUCUGACCCAUUUUUUGUUAUCUAUUUGUUCUAACUUGAAUAACUUCAUGGAUGUAGAAUGUAGAGUCAAAUCAGUUGAAUAAUUUCAUGGAUGUAACUGUUGAGUCAAAUCAGUUGAGUAACUUCCUGGGUGGUUGUUGAUAGCACUUGCAAAAUUUUUAAGUGACUUCCAGAAUUAAUUUAGAGGAAACAGAAAUCUCAAAUCUCAGUACUUUAUCAUCCAAUUUAACUGUACAACCUUAGUUUUAGAAAACUGUUUAGACCAAGUCGAAGACCAUUGUUACUCUCAGCGGAAACAUUCUAAGCUUGAAAUGUGUGAUUAAUUUUGCAGCACAUAUUAUGCAGAAUGCAAACAUUUUAUGGCAGUAAUAAAUGCUUAGAUCCGGUGGUCAAGUGUAAAAUGUUAAAAUAUUAUCCCCAUGCCCAAGGAGCUCUGAACACGUGGAUUCUCAUUUAAAUGAUAAGUAACAAAUAUGCUCUCUAAGUAGAUGCAAGUAGCUUCUAGAUUGUCUGAUUUUUAAUUAUUAGUUUUUACAUAUGCAACUGCUGGCCGAUUUUGAUUGUUUUGAAGAACAUGGAUUUUGUGCACUGCCAAAUUAAAGAGAAUAAUUAUUUUUACUCAUCCGGGUCUUGUAUGUAGGUUUUUUAAAAAACAGAUUGCUUUUUGUCAUUGAUUCAGCUCUUGCCAUCCUUCUUUUUGUUGAUGAUUGUUUGUUGUUUAAGCUAUACCUAGAUAGUAUAAUUUGUAUCCAUUCUCUUGCACUAGUUUACUCUAUACCGAUAGGGUGUUAUGUUGUUACACUCUAAAUAGAUUGCAUUAGUUUAUAUAUAUGUAGAUAGUAUUUCAUUUUUGUAUCAGAACGCAAUGCAGAACAUGGUGAGCAGGUUGCCUUUCCUGGUGUAGCUGAUCCAGCAUGUGUUGUUGUUGAUCCUGGUGUAGCUGCUUCUGUUUAUUCAAUGUUGGUGCAGUCACUGCUACUGAUUCUGAUGCUAAGCAAAAAGUUUGGAAUUUUGCAGCAAUUGAUGAGGCUGGUUCAGCUUCUGAACCUGAUCCUGAUUAUACUGUUCCUCCGGUGCCUAAACAUUUGCAGGGAAAAUCAAUGGCUCAACUAGAGAGAUUGGUUACUGUCCCAUCUGAAGCACCUAAAUCCUUAAGUUCCAAUUCUGAUAUGCCUAGCUUGGAGGACUUAUCAGAUUCUGAACUUGUAGCUCCUAGGCAGAUUGGUGUCUCUCUGGUGUUCGUCCAGUCUCCCUUUCCUUGGAGGAGUUUGAUCCUUGUGUUCUGCAAGAUUUACAGAUUCUUGCAGACAGUGGCUUUAAUUGGGAUGAUAGUAAGGCUCUUGAGGUGGCUCCGGUUCAUAAGGGUCAGAAUAAAAAGUAAAAGCUAUCAGCUCCUAGAACCAGAUCUAGAGCUGCCAAAUUUUCAUGAUUUGAUAUAUCAUUGUUGCAUGAUUUGGUUUAGUCUUUGGCUUGAUCUCUGGUUGCUGGUUGGAGAAGUAUAGUUCAGCAUUUGCUGCAGUUCUUGUUGCUAAUUUUGGUGAUGUAAUAGAUCAUUGCAUAUUGGUUCUAAAAAUUGUUCAAAAUAGGAGCAGCUGUUUGGUCUGGUGCUGGUUUUUUGGCUGUUAGAGAGUUGCUGGUCCAGCAUUGGUUUGGCAGAUGCAUUGUCUUGAAUCUGCUCAAAUCCUGAUUUAGCUGUUGGUGCUGAUCCAUGAGCCAUAUUGGUGACUGUUGACUGAUCUGAUAUGGCUCGUGGCUGAUUAAUCUUUUUCGUACCUUUUUCUGCUGGUGGGUUUGGCUUA